ACUUCAGUCAAUAGCACAUGAUCUAACGCUUGACAUGGCUAAAGAGAAGAUUUAUUGGCGAGUUUCAAACGGAAAUGUUUUUUCUUGUGAUUACUACUCCCAUAAUGUAACUGAUUUUGGAACUUCGGGAGGUCCCAUGGCAGUAUUUGGGGAUUUUAUUUAUAUCAUGACUAGUGUUGGACGACGUGUCGUUAGUGUCCAUAACACAACAGAUAAACUUACGAGGCGUAAAUUUUUUCUUCCUGUAAACAAUGGUUAUCUUGAUGUAGCUGUACACAGUAUCACUCCUGACUCAAAAGCGACAGGCACUUUUCACUUUCCUUUGUGUGGACUCAACACAUACUAUCGUAAAAUUAAUGGAACAUUGAACUGCACGUGUAUGGAAGGAUACUCAGGAGAAUGUAACUCAUGCCAAGCAAGCUGUACUUCUGAUUGGUUGCAUAUAGAAUCAUCUUGUUAUUUCUUCAGUGCAAUAAGAGCAACAUGGAAUAAAGCAAGAAAACUUUGUCAACAGAAGGGAGGAGAUCUUGCUGUUCCAAAGAAUAAUGCUGAGAAUAUUGCCAUUUCCAGAAUCAUCUUGAGAAAACGCAGGGGAAGGUCAUUUUAUUGGUUUGUAUCUCAAUAGAAGUGACAAUCAGUUCUACACAGUUCAAAAUGGCAAGCCCAGUUUCACAUUAUGGUAUGGGAGCGAACCUAAUAAUUGGGGAGGUGUAGAGGAAUGCGUUGUAAUUUAUGACAACCAUUUUAAAUCUAAGUGGAAUGACGUUGCAUGCUGGCAUCACUUUAAGUUCAUCUGUCAACGUGAGAGACGUAAUUUAAACUAUAUCGGCGAAUGUCAGUCUUCUCCUUGUGGCAAAAAUCACUCAUGCAUAAAUUACCCAGGCUCCUACGAAUGCCUAUGCUCCGUUGGAUACAAUCUUGACAAAACCAAAAAGAAAUGUAACGAACAAUGGCGUUUGAUCGCAGGCUCAUUGAAACAGAUUGAUCAUGGUCUUUCUGUUGGUGUGUGGGGUGUGAACCGCCAUGACAAUAUUUACCGCCUUAACAAAAAUUAUUCAUGGACUCAAAUUUCUGGAAGACUUAAACACGUUUCUGUUGGUGCAGCUGGUGUUUGGGGAGUAGAUAAACACGAUAACAUUUAUUAUAAU